AUGGAAGAAGUUCCACAAAAAAUUGAUUUUGCAGGAGAAGAAUCAAAAAUUUUAAAAUAUUGGGAUGAUAUUAAAGCAUUUGAAACCUCAGUAAAAAUGAGUGAAGGUAAACCAGAGUAUUCAUUUUAUGAUGGACCACCAUUUGCAACAGGUUUACCACAUUAUGGACAUAUUUUAGCAGGUACAAUUAAAGAUACAAUCACACGUUAUGCUCAUCAAACUGGACAUCAUGUUGAAAGACGUUUUGGAUGGGAUUGUCAUGGUUUACCAAUUGAGUUUGAAAUUGAUAAACUUCAUGGCGUUAGAACCAAGGAGGAUGUAUUAAAGAUGGGUAUUCCAACAUAUAAUCAACAUUGUCGUUCAAUCGUUAUGAAAUAUUCACAUGAGUGGGAGAUCGUAGUCAAUCGUAUGGGUCGUUGGAUCGAUAUGAAAAACAAUUACAAAACUAUGGACACACCAUUUAUGGAGAGUGUUUGGUGGGUUUUCCAAGAACUCUUUAAGAAGGAUUUGGUGUACCAAGGUUUCAAAGUUAUGCCAUACUCAAUUGGCUGCACAACACCAUUAUCAAACUUUGAAGCAUCAUCAAACUACAAGGAUGUAAGUGAUCCAGCAUGUGUUGUUUCAUUCCAAACUCUUGAUGAUGAGAAAGUUUCAAUCUUGGCAUGGACCACCACCCCAUGGACCCUUCCAUCCAAUUUAGCAUUGACUGUGAAUCCAAAGAUGGAAUACAUAAAGAUCAAUGAUAUCAAACGUAAUCAAAUCUUUAUCCUUGGUAAAAAUCGUACUUCAAUCCUCUACAAAUCAGAUAAGGAAUAUACAGUUUUAGAAACAAUGAAAGGCACAGAUUUAAUUGGUAAAAAGUAUGUACCAAUGUUCCCAUACUUUGCAAGUGAUGCCAAUAUGGGUGGUUUCGUUGUUAUUGGUGGUGAUUUCGUUACCGAUGAUUCUGGUACCGGUAUCGUUCAUACUGCACCAGCCUAUGGUGAGGACGAUUUCAAUGUUUGUAUUGCCAAUGGUGUCAUCUCUAGAGAUCAAUUCAAACGUCCAAUUCUUAACUCUGUCGAUGCCAAUGGUUGUUUCACAAGUGAUGUAACCGAUUUCGCUGGUAUGAUGGUAAAAGACGCUGAAACCACCAAACAAAUUAGCAUUUAUCUCAAAAAUAAAGGUCGUAUGGUAAAUAGUGCAAAUCUUGUCCAUAGUUAUCCAUAUUGUUGGCGUUCAGAUACACCAUUGAUCUACAAAGCAGUCGGUAGUUGGUUCGUUAGAGUCGAAUCAAUUCGUGAUAAAUUAUUAGCAAACAAUGAUAAAACCUAUUGGGUACCAGAUUUUGUCAAAGAGAAAAGAUUUGCAAAUUGGUUAAAGAAUGCAACAGAUUGGGCUGUCAGUAGAAAUCGUUAUUGGGGUACCCCAAUCCCAUUAUGGAUUAGUGAAGAUGGUGAAGAAGUUGUUGUCAUUGGCAGUAUCGACGAAUUAGAACGUCUCUCUGGUGUUCGUGUAACUGAUCUUCAUCGUGAAUCAAUCGAUCAUAUUACAAUUCCAUCACAAAAAGGUAAAGGUACACUCCGUCGUAUUGAAGAUGUUUUCGAUUGUUGGUUUGAAUCUGGUUCUAUGCCAUACGCUCAACAACAUUAUCCAUUUGAAAAUAAGGAUAAAUUUGAAAAGAUCUUCCCAGCUCACUUUAUCGCCGAAGGUCUUGAUCAAACUAGAGGUUGGUUCUAUACACUAUUGGUUUUAUCAACUGCUCUCUUUGAUAAACCACCUUUCCAAAAUCUCAUUGUUAAUGGUUUGGUUUUAGCUGCUGAUGGUAAGAAAAUGUCAAAGAGAUUAAAGAAUUAUCCAGAUCCAAUGGAAGUCGUAUCAAAGGUUGGUGCUGAUUCUCUUCGUCUCUACCUUAUCAAUUCACCAGUUGUUAGAGCUGAAACUUUGAAAUUCCAAGAGAAAGGUGUUCAAGAUAUGAUCAAAGAUGUUUUCUUACCAUGGUUUAACGCCUAUCGUUUCUUUGUUCAAAAUUGUCUUCGUUUUGAAAAAGCUACCAACACCACUUUCCAACCAGAUAUUAAGGUUGCUCUUGCCUCUGAAAAUGUUAUGGACAAAUGGAUUCUUGCCUCUUGCCAAUCACUCAUUGCAUUUGUACGUGCAGAAAUGGCCGCCUAUCGUUUAUACACUGUCGUACCAAAAUUGGUUCGUUUCAUUGAAGAUCUUACCAAUUGGUUCGUUCGUUUAAAUCGUAAGCGUUUAAAGGGUUCAAAUGGUGAUGCCGAUUGUCUUGCCGCUCUCAAUAUCCUCUAUGAGGUUUUAAUGACCAUUUGUAUUGCUAUGGGUCCAUUCACUCCAUUCUUUACAGAGUACAUGUACCAAAAUCUUAAGAAAGCAUUACCAAAGGAGAAACAAAUGGAUUCAGUUCACUAUGUUAUGUUCCCUGAACCAAUUCAAGAAGCUUUCAACACUAGAAUUGAAGAAGCCAUUUCACGUAUGCAAGUUGUCAUCGAAUUGGGUCGUGCCGCUAGAGAUCGUCGUACCAAACCAAUUAAAUUCCCACUCAAAGAAUUUAUGGUCAUCACUGAGAAUCAACAAUAUCUCGCCGAUUUAGAAUCACUCAAAUCUUAUAUCCUCGAGGAAUUAAAUAUCCAAAAUAUCGUUCUCACAAGUGAUGAAGGUUCAUUCGUUGUUGUCACUGCUGAAGCCGAUAACAAACGUUUAGGUGCCCGUUUAAAGAAUGACUUUAAGAAGAUCUCACCAUUAAUCUCUAAACUCACCAAUGAACAACUUCGUGAAUUCCAAAAAACUCAAACCAUCGAUAUUCUUGGUCAUGAACUCACCUCUGAAGAUCUUAAAAUCAUCCGUAAAUAUAAUGGUGAAACUACAAACUCUGAACCUUCAGGUAAUGAAGAAAUCUUAACAGUUUUAGAUCUUACUGUCGAUAGUGCACUCUAUGAAAAAGGUUUGGCUCGUGAAUUAAUCAAUCGUGUUCAAAGACUUAGAAAGAAGAGUGGUCUCACCUUUGAUGAUCCAGUAUCAAUGUUUUAUCAUACUAAAGAAGCUGAAUUAAAAACUGCCAUUGAAAAUAAUAACGAUUACAUUAAAGAAACCAUUUUAUUCAAUCUUCAAUUCUCUGAAACUACUUCACCAUCAAAUUCAUUUGCAACUGAAAUUGUCUCAAUUGUUAAAGAUAAUGAUGCUGAAAUUUAUUUCCUUAAAAAUUAA